UGCUAUUGACUUAUAUUGAAGUGAUUAAUUACAAUGACUAAUAACUUAUAAGUAAUAUUCGAAAUGUAUUCAGCCAUAUUCUCACACAACCUAUGAUGUACCCCAUAAGUACAUAUUAAAUUUUUGUUGAUACUCUUAAACACAAAUAUUACAUUUGGACAAUUUUCAAAUCAAGGUGAAAAAAAAACGAUUACCAUCACCUAUGCAAUCAACAGUCAUGUGUAAUAUUAUUUGAACUUCAACAGCUUAGCCACGCUUAGUUUUUCUCCAAUUUACUGUUAAUUUCAUUGAUUUGGUAUACUAUCCUUAAUGGCACCAGCUGAAGAAGAAAAAGAUGUGCUGGGGUGCACAUGCAACUUGGCCCCCUUUGAUGUUCCUAACAAGUAUUUUUCAAAGCCACAUAUUGAAGCAUUUUUAAGAGGAUUAAAUAGUUUGCGAAAGAAUAAUGUUUUCUGUGAUGUGCAACUUGUUUCCAAAGGAUUUUGCAUCAAUGCACAUAGAGCAAUUUUGGCUGCCAGCAGUCCAUAUUUCUAUGCUAUGUUUACUAAUGGAUUAUUGGAAGCAGGUAAAAAAUCUAUUGAACUUCCUUCAGUUUCUCCCAAUGUACUUGAAACACUUGUUAACUUUAUUUAUUCAGGAGAAAUAAAUAUUUAUCAAGAAAAUGUAGAAGAACUAAUGAUAGCAGCAGAUAUGUUAGAACUCAAUGAUGCUGUAAGUUGUUGUACAGAAUUCUUGAAAAGUGAAUUAGAUUCAACUAAUGCUGUUGGAUUACUUAGGUUUGCGGAUAUGCAUAAUUUUUCUGUUCUACACAAAUUAUCAAAAGAUUUUAUAUAUGGAAAUUUUGUUCAAAUUUGUGAAGAAGAUGAAUUGGGUGAUUUAUCUAAAGAUCAAUUUAUUAAGUUUCUCAAUAGUGAAUAUCUUUGUGUAGAUUCUGAACAACAGGUAUUUCGUGCAGCUAUGAAAUGGAUUAAACACGAUCUCUCAGACCGACGUCGCUACAUAUUUGAAAUUCUUUCAUGCAUACGUAUACCUUUAAUGAGUACCCAGUUUUUAGAACGUGAAAUUAAUGACAAUACAGAUGCAAGCUUGAGAGUUGCUUUACGUUCUAUUUAUACAGACAUUGCCGAACGUAUUGGUAAUUUAGUAGCUUUACAAGUUGAACCACGGUUAGGAGCCAAAAAAGAUAUAUAUAUAUUAGGCGGGUCUAAAAGAGAAAUAUGUAGUGCCUGGUCUCGAUAUUCUGAGUCUACGUUUGAAUCUGUUGUCAAAUUCAACACUUUUAGGAAGGAAUGGUGUGAUAUAAAACCAAUGAAUAUUGGUAGAAUAAUGCCAGGAGUAGCCAUAAUGAAUGGAUGUAUAUAUGUUGUUGGAGGCGAAAAUGAAUCACUUAUCCUUUCAAAUGGGGAAUGCUAUAAUCCUAUUGAAGAUGAAUGGACUUCUGUUGCUGGAAUGACUGUCCCACGAUGUGAAUUUGGAAUGGCUGCAUUAAAUGGAUAUUUGUAUGCCAUUGGCGGAUGGGUUGGCGAUGACAUAGGUGGUUCUAUUGAAAUCUAUUCCCCAUCAUUAAACCGAUGGACAAUGUGUAAUAGCGUGCUACCUGAACCGCGGUUUAGUAUGGGAGUCGUGUCAUUUGAAGGUUUGAUAUAUAUCGUGGGAGGGUGUACUCGCACUAAACGACAUCUUCAAGACUUAUUGAGUUAUAAUCCAGUGACAGGAGAAUGGUCUAUUUUGGCACCAAUGUUGGUUCCACGUAGUCAAAUGGGAGUUGCAGUUUUAGAUAAACAUCUCUAUGUAGUUGGUGGUAUUACCAGCAACAAUGAGGUGUUAAAUUUGGUUGAACAAUAUGACUUUGAAGAAAAUACUUGGAGCUUUGUAACUCCAAUGAAGGGUAAACGUGCAAGUCCAGCCGUUGCAGCUGCUGAUGGAAUGUUAUAUGUAAUUGGUGGCGAUAUAACGCACACAAUUAAUUCAUACCGGUCUCAAAUUACUAUUUCUACAGUUGAGAGAUACAAUAAUUCAACUACACAAUGGGAAGAUCUACCAUCACUCCCAGAAUCCAGAAGUGAGGCUGGUGUCGCUGUAUUGUAAUUUAUGAGCACAAAUUCAUCAGCGUACAUAUAUUUUUUAAUUUUUUAAAGGAAUGUAUGUAUAUUAAUUAUGUUUGUUGUUAUCUACUAUGUUUAAACAAGAACGCACACUUAUUUGUUUUAUACCUGGUCCUAAUAAUAAAAAACAAUCAACUCAAAA